GCUGUCUCGAGCUGAGCGAGAGAGGAAUCCCCAACCCCAAGAGAGAAAAAAACAAAACGGAGCAGCUGGUGGAAGAAGAAGAAGGCGGCGUGCAGGUGGAGAGAAGGAGGGGAAAAGACAGACCAGCGCAGGCCGCCGGGGGAAUGCGGCUCAGAACUGGAACUGUGCGAGAGUCAGCAGCUUGAUUAGCUGCCGGGAUCAGAGGGGAGUGUGUUGAUAGAUACAAAUGGGGGUGUGGAGGGAAGGGGCCGGGUGGUGCUUCUGCUCGGGCGGCGGCGGGGGGCGGUCGGAGCGGGUGAAGGCGGCCAUCUUCUCCGCCAAGGCCGCCGCGCUGGCCGCCGUCGUCGGCUCCGGGGGCCACGGCACGGGCCUCCUGCUCCACCGGAACCUGCUGCUCACCACGCACGGCAACCUGCCCUCUGCCGCCGCCGCCGAGGACGCCGACGCGCUGCUCGGACACGCCCGCCUCCCCGCUCGCCUCGUGCCCCACAGGUUCUUCAUUACGAGCUCGAUUCUGGACCUUACCAUAGUCGGUGUUGAACCUACUGAGAAUGAGUCGACGUUGCAAGGUCAGCAGCCUCACUAUUUGAAAACAUGCUGCAAACCAAGCCUAGAUCAUGGGAGUGCCGUUUACCUGCUGGGGCAUACUGGGAAGAAUGAACUGGUGAUUGGUGAGGGGAAAGUAGUCAUUGGCACGGACAACCUCAUAAAGCUCUCGACAGAUGGGGUGACAUGGUGCCCGGGCUCUGCCGGUUUUGAUGCUCAAGGCAACUUAGCUUUUAUGAUCUGUGAUCCAAUGAAGCUGGCCUCCUCCUCCCCCACUGCAAGGUCAUCUUCAGCAUCCUCGUCCUCAUCACAUUCGUCGAAGAAGGACCAGCCAAUGCAAUUCGGGAUCCCCAUAUCUGUGGUCUGUGAUUGGCUGUAUCAGCACUGGCAGGGCAAUUUGGAUGAGGUUAGCAAGCCAAAGUUACCUCUUGUUCGACUGAUGUCCAGCAGGAGCGAUCACUCAAGCACCUCCUUCAAUCGUCGCCAUGUGUUCAAGCCUGCAGAUGAUGAGAAUGACGAUGCAUCGGUUUCUUCUUCACAAGUGACUUCAAAGCCCAAAUAUCAGCAGGCAUCAGGUAGUCCAGCCAAUGCAAGGAUUUCACAUGAUGCGAAUCUGCUGGUUGAUCUGCGCAUGAACAAUGAGCAAGGGAUUUCAACUCCAGAAAUAUACGAAUCACCAAGGGGUAGUUCUUGUCAGAGUCAGAAGGAUCCUGCACCAAUUCAACUCUUGGACAUAAACUUCGUGCCUAGGGCCCCGAAGACUAUCUUUCUCCCACUGCCCUUGAAGCAAAUGCUUUCUGAUGAGAACAAUGCAGAGACGUCAAAACCUAGGAAUCAAUCUAGAGAGAAUUGCUUUCCAUCAGGGUUCAUAUGGCACCGUAAUUGUGAGGCUGAUUCUAGGGAGCCUACAGUUGCUCCUCUGCAGGAGGAUUGCAGCAGUGAGGGACAGUCGAGCUCGUCUCCUGCUGAGCAGCUGGGGUACAGAAAUCAGGACCAGUUCAGCAGUGAGGAGGAAACAAUGUACUCGGCUGAAACCAUGGAAAGCAGGAAUAUUCCAAGCCCCAGGGAGAAGCAUGUCGGGCGGAGUCAGAGUUGUGUCAACUACAGCAGGUGGAGCUCUCCAAGGAAACUGUCAGUGCAAAACGGAACCUUGAGGAAACAGCACACAUUGAUCCCUGUGCGGAAGACGCACUCGCAGAGCACGUCUCUGCCACAGAGGAGUCAUGACUAUCUGAGCCCGACGGUCUCCUCGGCGAUGAAGAAGAGGAACUCCAUGGAACAGCAACAGCCCCCAAAGCCCCGUCGGAUCAUUGUCCAAUCUUCUCCUAAAUGGAUGUUUUGAUUGUUUUCCCUUUCCAGUUUUCCAGAGAAACUUAUGGUGCCGCAUCGGCAAAGCCAUUUCGAUUCGGCUGGAAAUCAGCUCUUGCUCUCUAGAAUUGUGUGAGUGUGCAGAAUGACUUGGAUAAAUAAAAGGAAAAAAACAUAAAAGUUCGACAGAAAAGAUUACAGAUCAAAUACGUUGAAGGCAUCAAGCAUGAGCUGUUUGAAGAAAGGAUGUGUUUCCGCCGCAGACUGUCUGGAUAUGAACUGCUAGAGCAUGGGUAGCUUGACUCUUCUUUGUACCCAUUUUGAACGAUCACUUCCAUAGUUAUCAAUUCUUAUUUGUUUUUGGCCAAAAUGUGCUGCCUCGGCACUUCUUUGUUGCCUCCCCUGGGAUUAAUGCCUACUACCAUUUUGUUUUUUUCAACCUGAAAUAGUUCCAAGGUAACAUGCUUAUGGAGAUUUGAACAAUGUUCCUGAGGCGUAA